GGGGUGGAGGUGAAAAACAUGACCUCCAGCUUCAGGGACGGACUCGCUUUUUGCGCCAUCAUCCACCGGCACCGACCCGACCUGAUAGACUUCGAUUCACUCUCCAAAGAAAACGUCUACGAGAACAAUCGCCUUAUGCUGCCUGACCUGCAGAGUAUUUCCAGCAUUUUCUGUUUUAUAUCAGCAGGCCAGGCCUGCCAGUCUUGCACAGCACCAAUCAACAGGACCGGGCUAUCUGUCUGUCUCGGCGCACCUAUCAGAAACAAAAGGAGGAAGCAUUUGAAGUGGCUGAACAGGAGCUGGGAAUUCCAGCGCUCUUGGACCCAGAAGACAUGGUUGCAAUGCGUGUUCCAGACCGUCUCAGCAUUCUGACUUAUGUAUCUCAGCUCUACAACUACUUCACCAACCAGACCCAUGCUGGUGUUCCCCCCUCCAUGAAGAGACCGGCUGAAAUAUCACCUUCAGAGCCAUCGAUCAAGAAAGCAGUCACUGUGAGCAAACAAGUCUUCUCACCAAAUAGUGAUUCUUCAGAAAAAACUGCAGCAAGGCCCUCUUGGAACACGCUCAGCAGCAAAUGUGCAAUUUGCAGCAAACACGUUCACUUGGUACAGAGAUACUUGGUGGAUGGGAAACUUUAUCAUCGCAACUGCUUUAGGUGUAAGGAGUGUUCCAGCACUCUGCUCCCUGGAGCCUACAAACCUGGCGCACACUUGGGCACCUUUGUCUGUACACACCAUCGAGGACGAGUCACCGGACAGCUGCAGCGUCCUCUGUCCGGACAGACCCUGCAAUCACACCAUGGCUCCUUGCCUGCACAGAGACUUUCAUCAGCUAGCCCACUGACACUAAACCUUUCCCAGGGACCCACAGAAGGAUCAGAAGAUUAUAAAGGCAGCCUGUCAUUAGAGACAAAAAUAAAUGAAGAGGAAGGUGGUGAGCAGAUGAGCACACAAGCGGGUCUUUCCCUUUCAGUUAAACGGCUUUCUGCAGCCUUUUCAGUUCCCACUAAAAACACUCACUCUACGACUGGCACAACAUCAAGACAACUGGAGCUUUCGCAUAGCUCUGACCUCAAGGAUACAUCAAAGCCUGGGGUGGGGGAAUCUCAACUAUCAGAGGAAGCACUAAAGCCAACAGAAUCCUGUGAUCCCAGAGAACAGUCUGAGCUUGGUGUGGGUGAGCAGCCAUUGCCAGGGUCGCAGUCUGACCUGCAGAAUUCUCAGAAUGAGCAAUGGCAAGCAGCACACUUGGUGACGGGCACGGCCACAGAGAAUGCAGCAAGCACCAACACCUCGGGGACUCCAGCCAGAUCCACCGGCGACAGCCCGCACACAAACCUGGCUUCAGUAAACAAGGAAACCCCUGACGAGAAGCUGAAGUCUCCUCCGGUUCCUGUUCCGAGGAAAACAGUUGACUCUGCUUCGUCACCCGUGACAACACCACGUCCAGUACCUCGGACGCGAAUUAGCUUUGGUGGUGGUAGUGUAACAAGUGAAACAGCUAUCCUGAAAUCGGAGAGCAGUGUACUGGUAAAUGGAGGAAUGACUGAGCAAACUACACCUGUACCGAAGCCACGUGACUGUCUGCAGUCCCUUGCAGAAAGGAAAGGAGGAGACAUCAAAUCUAAGGAACAUCCUUGGAUUGCUUUGGUAAAUUCUGAAUCAAAGAGAAGGCCCGCGCCACCCCGGCCUGGAGCACCAGCCAAACCCAGCAGCGCUCAACAGGAGACAGCAGAGUCCCAACCCUUAAACCCGUUUGACGUGGAUGAUGGACAGGAAACAAACGAUAUGUCUGAGAAAGUGCAGAGUGCAGCGUCGACAGAGACUACUCCCAGAUCAAACCACCCCUGGUAUGGAAUUCAGCUGACCAACAGUCCAAGGAGCAAGAAACGGCCUGCACCCCGAGUACCAAACGCAUCGCCCUCAGCCUCUCGCUCGCUCCAGUUUCAGACCUACAAUUAUUCUGCAUCCGAAACAAGCCCAAGCCCAUCCCCAUCCCUCAGCAUGGAGAGUAUUUCAGGGAAUUCUGCAAAGUCCACUCCUGAACUGCACAGAAGGUUUGAAGCCGAGGCAGCAGACAACAGUCCAGCAGCGACCUGUGGGAGUCCAACAAUGGCCAGUGAGGGUAUUGCACCAGCCCAAGAGAGUCCAGCAUUAGCCAGCGGAAGUCCAGCAGCGGCCAGCGAGAGUAUUGCACCAGCCCACAAGAGUCCAGCAUUAGCCAGCGGGAGUCCUGCAGCAGCCAGUGAGAGUAUUGCACCAGCCCACGAGAGUCCAGCCUUAGCCAGCGGAAGUCCAGCAGUGGCCAGCGAGAGUAUUGCACCAGCCCACAAGAGUCCAGCAUUAGCCAGUGGGAGUCCUGCAGCGGCCAGUGAGAGUAUUGCACCAGCCCACGAGAGUCCAGCAUUAGCCAGCGGAAGUCCAGCAGCGGCCAGCGAGAGUAUUGCACCAGCCCACAAGAGUCCAGCAUUAGCCAGCGGGAGUCUUGCAGCCAGUGAGAAUGCCCAUUUGAUUACCGAGAGUCCUACACCACCCAGUCAUCACAGACCUCCACCUAAACCUCCCGCCAGCCAUAGUCCUAGGUUACCUGCUCAUCCGUCACCUGAAACAAACAGUCCAAAACACUCCAGCACUGAGCUUCAGCCAAAGUCUUCAUGCAAAGAAAAUCCAUUUGAUAGAAAAUCCAGUCCAGCUGGAUUAAUUGCUCCACCCCGACCACGGAAAGGACCAAAACCAGCUCGUCCACCAGCGCCUGGUCAUGGAUUCCCAUUAAUUAAACGCAAGGUGCAUGCAGAUCAGUACAUUCCAGAGGAGAAUAUCCAAGGAGAGUUGGAACAACUGGAGCAGAGUCUGGAUGAACUGGAACAUCGUGGGGUUGCACUGGAGGAGAAAUUGCGCAGCUGUGAAAAUGCCCCAGAUGAAGACGAAGAUGAUCUCCUGGUCGACUGGUUCAAACUGAUCCAUGAGAAGCACAUGCUGGUCCGCCGGGAGUCAGAGCUUGUUUACACUUUCAAGCAGCAGAAUCUGGAGGAGCGACAGGCAGAUGUGGAGUAUGAAUUGCGCUGUCUACUCAACAAACCAGAGAAAGAUUGGACAGAUGAGGAUCGAGCACGAGAAACAGAGUUAAUGCAAGAGUUGAUUACAGUCAUCGAGCAAAGAAACGCCAUCAUCAACAGCCUGGAUGAGGACCGACAACGAGAGGAAGAGGAGGAUAAGUUGCUGGCGGCAAUGAUUAAAAACAAAGAUUUCCACAAAGAUACCAACAGUGAAAUAAAGAAAAAGUUAAAAUUCAAACCAAGCAAGAUGCUGAAGUUUCUUGGCAACAAGCCAGAAGGAAAGUCCAAAAAUACCAAAGAGAAGAAUUUGUGAUUGGUGAAAGUGCUGAGAUGAAUGGAAAGCUGCACGUGCAGCACCAGCUCUCGAUGACUAGCACGACUGCACUCGCUGGGACGGGCUCAGCUAAACAGUAUCUGGUGAUUGGUUCAUAGGAAGAAUAUCUAGGUCUCCUACUGACAUUAGCCAGCUCCAUCAUGGUGCUGACAUGACAUUACUUACUAUGUAUCCUUAGUUUAUGUGCAAUAGAAGCCACUACAGUCCUGUAUUAUUUGUGCUUAGUGCAUUUUAAUAUCACCAGUGAGACACUCUGUCCUUUCUCGGGCUAAAGUCUGUUCUUUCCUUCCAUUCAGUGUUUUGCAGAGUUUCACAGCUGCAGGGUUGAGUGCUAGUUCCUGAAUGAGUCUAUACUUAUCCACUAUUGGCCAGUUUCACACCUGGCUCUCGCUGUGCUCUGGAUUAGUGUUUCUGAGUGUCCACUACCUGCCACACACUGUUCUGCUGCUGCACAGCGCAUUGCCUAAAUACGUAGCAACAAACAACACGAUUCUGAACUUCUCAAGUUUUUAUCUGUUUGUAGGUGCUGAUUAUUUUUAGGCACAGUGUGCGUUGAUUAAUUGUCACCACAAGAAGGUCUAAAUCUACCAGUUGUAACUGAAAUCUUUGCAAGGAGGCUAUCAAAUCUCCAAAAGGCAGUGACUUAGCAGUGGCUCAUCAGGGACAAUAUGCAAGUAUUGUGUGCCAAACAUACUGACACUUCAUAGCGCAGUGCGCCAGAUACCCUAGGACCUAGUCCAUCAGACAGUCUGUGGACACAGGAUGCCAUGUAAUCGCUGGAUUGGGACACAGGUCAAUCAGAGUCUGUGGAAAGAGCAGUCCUCCUGAAUUGAAAUAAUGGCCAGGAACACUGCUGGAAUCAGAAGGGAUGGAAGGGCUGAAGGCAGAAGGGCUGGAGCCCAAGAUGUUAACCUUCUCUAUCUCUCUGAAUUGUGGGUCGUGCUGACUUUGUAGUUGGUCCCAUAUUGAGACAUGGUGCUGACCCUGCCCAGCACUGGUUAUGAACAUGCUUGAGUGCUGACCAGACUUGACUGGACCACUUUCCUUUCAAUUGUGGGUCUGUCAAUAUUGGAGCUCUCUGGGACAUAGGGAACUGUUGCCAUCUUCACUUUGCCGUUUUGCUUUGUACAAGUAAUGCAGCCGUACUUCUCAGAAUGAAACCCAGUAUACAGAGUGUGUGUGUGAAAGGUCUUUGUAUAUGGAAUCAGUGGGCUGUGGUCAUCAGUCUCAUUCAUUGCCAUCAGGUGAAUCUCUGCGCAGUGACAAAGCUACAGACCUCCAGACUGUGAAAAUUUCACAACUGGAAUCUAGCAGAAUAAGCUCAAUACUACCACAGGCAUCUUCAUACUCCCAUUGCAACGUUGGCUUUUCAGAAGUGAAGCAUUCCACUCUGCACUGAUGGAAAGUGCAAACAAUAAUUAACCACAAGAUUCUUGAAUCGCUGUGUAACACCAGGACAGACACCCAAAAACUGUAGCAGGAAAUAUACACAUGUAUGUCCAUACGUAACAUUUGCAUAUGGAAUUGUGCACACUCAAGCAUACAUCUUGGGAGCGUACACACAUCCUACGGGUAUACAGCUGCAGGCACCAGUUGACACUACUGUGCCUUCACAUGUUAUCCAGUCAUGUAUACAUGCCACAGUGAAGCUGUUCCUGAUGCUAAAAUUGCACUUCAGUUGGCCUGUAGUGUCUCAGCAUGCACUGUGCUGCUGCUGAUCAUUCCAGAUUCAAACUGAAAUCAGAUGGUCUUCGUCUGUAUUUAAUUUGCCAAUGUUCUCACUGCACCUCAGCUGUGAUCAGUAUGUGUUACUGUAUGCUGUAGUAUUGUGCGAUGGGAACUUGCUUGAAGCUGGUAAAUGGCCUGUCCUCUAGACCUGCUUCUAACUCAGCAUGCUGAAGGGGAGCCGAUGUAAAUCUGACACAGUAAGGGUCUUCAUACUUAAUUCAGUUAGGGUCUAACUUUCAGUUCUGUCUUGCGAUGGGGCAUUUGCCAGAUGAACGCAUCAAACAAACAAGCAAAUUAACAUCAGUUUACAUUGUCACAUCAACUAGACUUUGUUGGGGACUCUCAGCUUUGAGUUUUGAAACAACUCUGUGCUUCCGUGGAUCCAAUGAGAAACAUCUAUGCAUUGUUCUGAAUACUGGACUGAGCCCUGGUAUAUGCACUCUUACCCUAAUUAAUACAAUUUGUCUCGAGAUUUUGUAGUAUCCUAGCAUUAAUUAUAUUUAUACCUAAUAUACAGGAACAGCUGCCAAAAGUAAGCCUUAAUUCAAUUUAAUGUCAAACUUUUUGUUGAAAACCUUUUUUGUACUUACUCUAGAGGGAGUAUUGGUGCCAUUUUGUCAGAUGUUUUUGGUAGUUAUCGGGUUGCUUUCCUGGGAUGAAUUCGAAGCUUUUGCUGAAUCAGAUCUUUUCUUUAGCUGUUGUUCUGCCUUACCUAUUUGUAUAUAAUAUUUAUUGAAACCACAAGCACUGUUCUAAAGCUGUAUUAUUCUGCUAACAAAAUGGGUAAAAUUGGGACCAAUAAAAUGGAAUGUUGUCCAA